GUGAAAGCAAAGAGGGUUAGCGAUGGCUAGCUCCUCGGUGCGGUGGCUUAAGAGGCUGUGCCUUUUUGUGUUGAUAUGUCCCCUGUGUGUCCCAGCCUUCUUGAAUUUGGAAGAGCUGAAUGAAAUGAAAUACGGGAUUCAAAUUCUUCCUGACCCCGUCAUCAUGGGGCAGACUAAGACAGAGGAGGUCAUGAUGGUGUCCAACAAGUACAAGCAGCUUUAUGAGUGUCGGCUUCCAGCCCAGGCAGUCAGGUUUCACCAGGAUCCAGCUUCAGAACCGGACUCCGAGGACUACGCUGGACCAGACAUCCCAGACCUGCUCAGACCAAUGCACGAAGCCCAAUGUCUAGUUAAGACAAAGGACUGGUGGACAUAUGAGUUUUGUCAUGGUCAAUAUAUUAGACAGUAUCACCUAGAAGAAUCAGAAAUUAAAGGAAACGUCCUUUUUCUUGGGUAUUAUGAGUCAGAAUUUGAUUGGACCAAUGAAACAGCAAAGGCCUCCAAACAGCACAAGCUGAAACGAUACCACAGCCAGACAUAUGUAAAUGGCUCUAAGUGUGACCUCAAUGGAAAUCCAAGAGAGACCGAAGUCCGGUUUGUGUGUGAAGAAGGCUCGAGUGACUACAUCGCUCGGGUCGAUGAACCUCAGUCAUGUCGUUAUGUGUUGACGAUUCACACCAGUCGUACCUGCCAGCAUCCCUUCCUGCGGCCCCCAUCCACUGCCAAGCCACAGGGUAUAGUGUGUCAGCCUGUGCUAAGUGCCCAACAGUACAUGGAUUACGUCAAGGCUCAAGUUUCCGACACAAAACGUAAAGUAGAGCAGCUCUCAGAGGAGCUGAAGACCCUUGAUGAGAUGUUAGCUGGUAAUGAAGAGACGGGGGAAGCAGUGGAAGUAACAGCAGAGGAAAUCUCACCUCCACCCAGCACUGAUCAUAACCCAUCAGAUAGAAAAGGAGAAACAGCUGAAAUAUUGAUAAAUACAGCAUCAGAAGAGGCGGAGGACUCUGACUUCUGGGAGGGAGUGUCGAGGCCUGGGAAUUCAAAAGAAACAGCCUCUCAACAAGACAACGAGGUAACAGAUGGAGACUAUACCUCACCAACAGACCAUGAUGCAGAUGAAGUGGAAAGAUUCAACUUUAAAAUCAUCACAGACCCAGCAGAUCUGAUGAAAUUUGUUGAACAUCUAAAGGAAAGCAACAGGAAGAAAGCACAAAGUGAAGCUAAAAGUAGAGAAGAGAAAGCAAGAAGCGACACGCAGACAGAGAAGCUCAGAGGGGACGAGAAAGACGAAGAGGAGCAGAUGUUAGAGGGAUUUGAAGACGAGAUCGCUGACUUCUCCGUGCCUUCUGAGAAGAUCGAAGAGAUAAAGGAGGAAAUGCAAAAGGAGUUUGACAACAUCAUCGAUGAGGCUCAGCAGGAAUUGGAAACAGAAGGCCUGAAAGGGGAGUUUGAUCGAACUCAGGCAACACAAACACUGGAGACAACACUGGAUAAGCUGCUUGAUCAUCUCGAGGAGAAAGAUGUUCAAGACCCACAACAGCAAACAGCCGAAAGAGGCAGGGACCCGAGCAGAGGAAGCCCCAGUCUGGCUCCCAAGCAACCAGAACAAGCAGCUGACGACCACGUUAAGAUCAAAAUUACUAAAUAUAAGACAGGCAGCGGCCCUGAUGGGGAGGUCAGGGUUCAGGAGAUGGGAGAAGGAGACCCCCAGUGGCAGCACAUAAAGGACGUGGUUAAAGAACAGCUAGAGAAGGCAGGACUAAAGGCCGAAGGUAAAAUUGAGGUGAAGAUCUUGACACGAAAGAAUGCAGAAGAGACGGGUGACCAGUGGCUGACUGAGGAAGAUACAAAGUCCUUCAGGGAGUUGCUCAUAAACCUCCUGACCGGAGGCACUGAGGAGGUUUACAAAGAGCAAAAGAGGCAGCAGGAGUUGGAAAACAACUAUAGGUUUGUGUGGGGAGAAAACCAGGAGGAUACCCAGUCAUCCAGCACAUCUGACUCCGACGAUGUGGACAUUUGAGCUCACUCAACACUCAGAACCCCUGCUGUGACGUGAACUCCUGUGGAAACCAGCAGGGAGAAGGACAAUGACAUUUUUGUCACGGUUUUGUUAAGGAGCCCACUUGACUCUGUUAUUGCUGUUAAACUUGGUUAAAUCUGCUGUUUGCACAUUCAGAAAAUUCAUUAAUCGCUCUUGAAAAGGCAAUAUUGUCUGUGUUUUCGAUGGACAACCCUCACAUGUUGCACGAUGACACCACAGCAAGUCAGUUGUUGUUGAGUGAAGUGACAUUAAAAUCCUGCAAGUGGCUCAGAGGGUGACUUUUGUACCUCAACAGAUGGAAUAAUGGCUUCAGUGAAACGCGCCGUGUGUGCAAAAGAAAAACAAAGAACAAAUGCUGAAAUCUUUACAUUCCAGUCCUAACUGGCCUUUGAAGCUGAUUUGUAUUUUGUUUUGUGGGAAAAAAAAGUUACAAGCGCAAACAACUAUAGAUUAAACAAUUAUCUGUGCACAGAGUGAUGCACUUCUUUUGUGAAGAUCCUGUACAUUUAGAAGUUCAUGUUUUGUUUUUAAGAUUUUUUUUUUCUUUUUGUUUAAAAGCUGCAAGGAAAUCCUGUCUUUUAA